UCGUCCCCGCCCGCCCGCCCGCGCCCCGACCAGCCCGCCUCCGGGCAGCCGCUCACCGGUGUCGCGAAUCCGCGUCGGCCCCGGGUCCCAGUCAUGGCGCUGAGCGAGCCCAUCCUGCCGUCCUUCUCCACUUUCGCCAGCCCGUGCCGGGAGCGCGGCCUGCAGGAGCGCUGGCCGCGCGCAGAGCCCGAGGCAGGCGGCACCGACGACGACCUCAACAGCGUGCUGGACUUCAUCCUGUCCAUGGGUCUGGACGGCCUGGGCUCUGAGGCCGCCCCGGAGCCGCCGCCGCCGCCCCCGCCGCCUGCGUUCUACUACCCCGAGCCCAGCGCACCGCCGCCCUACGGCGCCCCCGCGGGCGGCUUGGUGUCCGAGCUGCUGCGGCCGGAGCUGGACGUGCCGCCGGGACCCGCGCUGCACGGCCGCUUCCUGCUGGCGCCGCCGGGCCGCCUGGUGAAGGCCGAGCCCCCUGAGGCGGAUGGCGGCGGCGGCGGCGGCGGCUACGGCUGCGCGCCAGGCCUGGUCCGCGGGCCGCGGGGCCUCAAGCGCGAGGGAAACCCAGGCCCAGCAGCCGCGUGCAUGCGAGGCCCCGGGGGCCGCCCCCCGCCGCCGCCCGACACGCCGCCGCUCAGCCCGGACGGCCCCGCACGCCUGCCCGCGCCCGGCCCGCGCGCCCCUUUCCCGCCGCCCUUCGGCGGCCCCGGCUUCGGCGCGCCCGGGACCGGCCUCCAUUACCCGCCGCCCGCGCCCGCCGCCUUCGGUCUUUUCGACGACGCGGCCGCCGCCGCCGCAGCGCUGGGCUUAGCGCCGCCCGCCGCCCGAGGUCUCCUCACGCCGCCCGCGUCUCCGCUGGAGCUGCUGGAAGCCAAGCCCAAGCGCGGCCGCCGUUCCUGGCCGCGCAAGCGCACCGCCACGCACACCUGCAGCUACGCCGGCUGCGGCAAGACCUACACCAAGAGCUCGCACCUCAAGGCGCACCUGCGCACGCAUACAGGCGAGAAGCCCUACCACUGCAACUGGGAUGGCUGCGGCUGGAAGUUUGCGCGAUCCGACGAACUCACGCGCCACUACCGCAAGCACACGGGUCACCGGCCGUUCCAGUGCCACCUGUGCGACCGUGCCUUCUCACGCUCCGACCACCUGGCGCUGCACAUGAAGCGGCACAUGUAGCCUAAGCGCCCCCCUUCCCGCCCAACCGCGCGCGGCCGUGGCGGGUCCCACGCGCCGGGCACGGCUCCCUUCCAAACUGUGACUGGUAUUUAUUGGGCCCAGAGGACCGGGCCGGGCACAGCGUGGCCACCGAGGGGGCCCCCUCGUCGACGCCCCCGCUGCCCGGCCCCCAUCAGAGACUGAAGGCCCGGUGGGAGAAGACCACGAUCCUCCUUGACGAAUUUUGUUUUCAAAAUGGUGCAAUAAUUAAGUGUCGUCUUUCCCCCCACUGGGUCUACACUAGAGGAUCAAGGCUUGAUGCCUUGUGAAAAAUGCAGGCUUAAUUUGUACUGUGCAACAUUUUUUAUAAUAUUGUACAUAGGGGCUGUGACAUAUUGUAUUACUGUAAAUAAGGGGCAGACAGUUGGGCAUUUUGGGUGCCUGGUUCAUUUUUAUAAGAUUUUGCUGUUUUUUUAAUUCAAAAAAAAAAGUUUCACAUCUUUUGAAAAAAAUCACAGUACUGGUCUGACUGCUUAGAAGCUGCGGGCUUGGGGCACUUUGGGAGGGCCUGGGGGGAAGAGACAGCUUUGAUGGAGGGCAGCCUGGCAGAGGCAGGGCAAAGUGGGUCUUGCCCCCACCAGCACCUGGGGUUGCCAGCUGCAGCCCCCAGCUGCCAGGAACCUGUGGGUUUUUCUAUAAAUUUAAACACUGCAUUUUAGGACUUAGGGAGAGUUAUUUUAAGGUUGUUCCCUGAGCCAUAAAUUGCCUCCUUUUCCCCAGAGCUGGAGAAAAUGCUGGUCCCACUGACGUGGCCUCUGGACUGAAAAAAGCCUUACCUCCUUCUGGAAGCUUCUGAGGUUUUAGCCAAACAUCUGCAGUGUGCAGACUUUGUUGUUGUUGUUGUUGUUGUUGUUGUUUGGAAGGGGCAAAAUGCUGAGUUUCUGACCUGCUUUGCCUUUCAA